UCUCCUCUAUCCAAACCCUCGCCGCCGCCGCCGCAACUCCACUCUCUCGCCACCCCGGCGUAACCCUAGCCCCAAUCCCCAUCCACCAUGGCAGAGCGCGGAGGCGAGCGCGGUGGGUUCGGCCGCGGCGGCGACCGCGGCGGGUUCGGCCGCGGCUUCGGUCGUGGCGGGCGAGGCGACCGCGGCGGGCGCCGUGGGGGCCGGCGCGGUGGGCGCCAGCAGGAGGAGGAGAAGUGGGUGCCCGUCACCAAGCUCGGGCGCCUCGUGAAGGAGGGCAAGUUCCGCAAGAUCGAGGAGAUUUACCUCCACUCGCUUCCCGUCAAGGAGCACCAGAUCGUGGAGACCCUCGUGCCGGGGCUCAAGGACGAGGUGAUGAAGAUCACCCCCGUCCAGAAGCAGACCCGCGCCGGGCAGCGCACGCGGUUCAAGGCUUUCGUCGUCGUCGGCGACAACGACGGCCACGUCGGGCUCGGGGUCAAGUGCGCCAAGGAGGUUGCCACGGCCAUCCGUGGCGCCAUCAUCCUCGCCAAGCUCUCGGUCGUGCCCGUCAGGAGGGGCUACUGGGGGAACAAGAUCGGCCAGCCGCACACCGUGCCCUGCAAGGUCACGGGCAAGUGCGGGUCCGUCACCGUGCGCAUGGUGCCGGCGCCCAGGGGGUCCGGGAUCGUCGCUGCGCGCGUGCCCAAGAAGGUGCUCCAGUUCGCUGGCAUCGAGGACGUGUUCACCUCGUCACGCGGCUCCACCAAGACCCUUGGCAACUUCGUCAAGGCAACCUUUGAUUGUCUUAUGAAGACCUAUGGCUUCCUUACUCCUGAGUUCUGGGCUGAGACCAGGUUUGUGAAGACCCCGUACCAGGAGUACACGGACUUGUUGGCUAAGCAGACUAAGGGGCUUAUGAUCGAGGCACCUACCGAGACGGUAGAAGCUUAAAACCUGUUGGAGUUCAGUGUUCCGAAAGAAGUUUGCAUGCAGUAGAAAACUUGGUUUCUUAUCUUCUUUGUGCAACUUAUUUGUUAAUGUGUCGCCUAUCUCAUUUUCGAAUUAUAGAACCUUAAGGUAUGCUCCUAAGGAUAUUUGGAUGUUCUGUUCUUGUGUUUUUGCCGCUUGAGUAUAGCUUUUGAGCUUGCCUGCUA